GGAUAUCAUUGACUCGGACGAGUUACUGGACGACGAUGACUUGAGGAAGCCGGAUACAGCCUCGCUCCGAGCGCUGGGAUGUGGCGAUGUCGCCGGCAAGAAGAAGAAAGCCUGUAAAAACUGCACGUGUGGUCUGGCUGACGAGCUGGAGGUGACGAGCCAGAGUGAACGGAGGAAACCUGCAGCUACAUCUGCCUGUGGCAACUGUUACCUUGGUGAUGCGUUCCGUUGUGCAAGCUGCCCUUACAUGGGAAUGCCGGCAUUCCAACCUGGGGAGACCAUCCGGCUGACCCGAAGCACACUGGCUGAUGCCUGAGGCUGUGAGGAGGUGGGAAGGAGGGAGUGGGUCCGUAGUGACAGCAGAACAUGAGCAAACCUCGUCUCCACUCUCAUGUACAAAAGAAUGUGACACAAACUGGGCUGAGUUUGCCUGUUGGUCUGUGAUUGUGUAUGCAAAUGUAUGUACAUAUCUACAUAUAUAUAUUCUGUACGCGUGAGCUGAACCUGGAUGCAUACCUGUGGUAUAUGUGCAUCUAUAUGUGUAUGUAUACACCCAAUUUGUACACUGUGUGUGCACACACAUAUAUACACAGGUGUGUGCUGUACACGUACAGGGUAACCCAAAAGAUGUGAUAUCAUUACAGUGUCUAAUAAGUCUUAAAGAAACAGUUUUUUUUAGAUAAUAGGGUAGAUAUCACAGAUUUUUGAUCACCCUACACAUGUGCAUGUGUGUGCUUGAAUAUGUAUGUGUAUGUGUGCAUAGUGUACAUACAAGCAGUUGUGUGCACAGAUGGACAAUGUGUGUUAGUGCUGCAGUUGUUGACUUAUACGUAUUCAGGGAUUUACUGAAGACUUUCAAUAAAUGUUGGG